AUGGCUGAACCAGAAACUCCUCUAACGCCUCAUGCGUCAGAUGACGGCUCCUAUGAGGGCUCAGAUGUCUCUGAUGAACCGCAGGAGCCACGAUUGACACCUGAUGAACUCGGGGUUUUGUUUAUCGACUUUUACACGUUCCUCACAACUUUGCACUACGACAAGUCUCACCUCAAGAUCCCUCCGCCGACUGGAUGGCCAGAACUCACUCCAGAGUCCUGUGCAUACUUCAAGUCUGACUAUACUAUCGAAGUCAUCCGCCACCUUCCCUACUUCGACAGCACCUGUAUCGAAUAUGUCCAUUACAAGUCUAAGAUACUAGACCACACAGCCUUUACCCAAAAGGAUUUCGAAAAGCACAGGAACUAUCAUCAAGACUGGGAGUUUUGGUCAUCGGAGGGAGAGCUGAUGGAUCCCAGCAAUGUUGUUUGUAUCGCUGUGGGCCAUGAGAGCUUCAGCCGCGAGUUAUGGCUUAAUGUGAAGGAUUGCGAGAUCUUUGAAGACUUCCAUGCGGGCGAUAUGCUAAAUGCAGUUCCAGUGGAGGUGUUCUUUGAGAAUAUGAAAGAGCAGUACAAGAUACUGAAGCUCAUCCCAGGACGACGCAGGAUUACAAUUGAGGCAGAAAAGGUACCUGAGCGCGAUGGAAGAAUCAUGGAGAAAGAGGUGACUGGCCAAAGAGAAGAAUGGGGAACUGAUCUGGAUAUACAGUAUGUGAGGCAGAUUUAUCGUGACCAUGGAUGGCCUGGUUCUUUCGACCUGGAGACAGCAUCUGAGGCCAUCGACAAGUGGCUGGAACCCUUAGGAGGAGGUUUGGGAGGAGGGCCAAGGGGUCUCGUAUGGCAGCGAAGCCCUUCCGACUGGGAUGAAACUCGAUGGACAUAG